AUGACUUCCCCUGCUCCUGCCCCGGAGCAGAUGGGGUCGCCGAGUCAGGCGUCAACGGCGUCUGGCCCUCCAGCCCCCCCCACGGGCAAACCUCCACGCAUCUUGGCCUGUACGAUGUGCCAACAGCGGAAGAUCAAGUGCGAUAGACAAUUUCCAUGCGCCAACUGCAACAAGUCUGGCUCUCAGUGCAUCCCAGCCACGCCUGCGCCGGCUAGAAAGCGCAAAAAGCCCAACCAGGACCUCCAGGAGAGGCUGGCCAGAUGCGAAGAGAUGCUCCGACAGUAUGCUAGCCAGAUACAGUCCGUCGAAAACAAGAGCCAGCCUCAGGAAGGCGACUCGGCUUCGAGCUGGGAAGUAAAGGACCUUCCUGGAAAGCUGAUCAACGAGCAUGGCAAUGUCCGCUUUGUGGAUGGCCCCCUGGCUACUGUCUACGAGGAAUUACGCGCGAUGAGAGAAAUGAUGGCCCAUGAAGACACCCCGGACACCAAUGGCAACACCUAUGGGGAAGAUAACCUGGCCUCGUUCCUUGUUUACCACACACUGGACGAACAGAUCAAGCUGAAGGAGAUCUGGCCAGAACCCAAUCUAGGUCGUUCUCUCUGGCAAACCUUCCUCGACAGGGUUAAUCCGCUGACGAAGAUCAUCCACGUCCCCACAAUGCAUCCCCUCAUGAUGCAGGCUAUCGAGAAGCCCACCGCGAUUCCCAAGAACUUGGAAGCUUUGGCGUUGGCCAUUUUCACCAUGGCUGCCAUGUCGAUGACCCCUGACGAGUGCGACCUUAUGUUCGGGCUUCCCAAGCUUGAGGUGGAGGGCCGCUUCCGGACUGGUGCCAAAUCAGCCCUUUCCCAAAUCAACAUCCUUGGGAGCUCGGACUUGAUGAUGCUUCAGGCUCUUAUUCUCUACAUGAUAUCUCUGCAUGGCCGAUACAACCAACACAGCAUCUGGAUCGUCAAUGGGCUUGUGAUCCGCAUCGCUCAGAAGCUAGGCCUCCAUCGCGACGGUGAGAAACUGGGCUUGUCGCCCUUUGAGACCGAAAUUCGCCGGCGUCUCUGGUGGCAGCUUGUCAUCCUGGACUUCAAGUGUGCCAUGAUGUCCGGGCUUGGCCACAGCAUGCUCACCAAGACUGGAGAUGUCCAGCUUCCCAAAAACCUCAAUGACAGCGAUAUGGAUCCCUCGGCCACCGAACCUUUCCAAGACCGUGAAGGUCCGACGGAAAUGAUCUGGUGUCUUUUGUCACACAGGUUCAUCCAGUUUGUCCUCGACAUGCCGCUCGAGUUUGUUUUUUUGAUGGAACCGCCGACCGAAUCUGACUUGGCAAAUGAUUCUCGCAACACGCAGCUCCUUUCCUACCGGCGCAAGCUCGAUACACUAAGCAAAGAUUUGACCGAAAUCCUCGACAAAAAUUGCGAUCCCAAAGCUGGCCCCGUUCACCAGUUUGUGCACAGCAUGCGCGACCAGGUCGUUGACAAGCUCAAGGAUAUCCUGACGCCCCCGCGCCUUCAGUCAGACCUGUCCCAGGAAAUCCGCUCGCCCCAAGACAACGCCUUUCGCCUAGCUGUCGCCGCUUUUGAGCACAGCGACGCCAAUUACUGGGCUGCGGAGAGAACUGGUUUCCGUUGGUUCGCCAUGCACCAUUUUAACAUGGACGUGUUCACGUUCAUGGUUGGCCAACUUUGUCACCGCACGGAGGGCGCGCUUGUCGACCGAGCUUGGAAGCAAGUCAGUCAGGCCUACCAUUGCUAUCCCCAGCUGAUGAACUUGGCCGACAAGACAAACUUUACUCUGGCCGUCUUCCUGAGCAAAGCUUGGAAGAAGCGUGAGCAGGCACUGCUCCUCCGCGACGGCACCACGCCGAAGAUGCCCUGGUUCCUGAGGCAAAUGCAUUGGGAAUAUCCGGGCUUUGACGUGGAAUACGGCGGAACUCAUCCCUACCUGAACGUACCUGCCGAUCUGGACUAUGCCCCAGGCAACAGUCCGUUCAGCCCUGCAACCCCUGUCUAUACCGUCGUCAACCCUCUUCACAACUCUAGGACCGAUGUCAACAUAGCCGCUCCCAAGUCGAACGUCAACCUCAAUGUCGCCGAUUCGAACGUCGACAUAAUGGACGUUACCAUGAAUGAAGCUAUGGCCAACGAGAACUCCAUGUUCGAUAUCGAUAUCGGCCUGAACAUGAACGCGUCAAUGGUCUCUUUUGAUGAAAUGAUGGCCCAGAAGAUCAUCAACGACUACAACCGGCAGACAGCGACCAGCCGCUAUCCGGUCGCGAACCCUAUUCCAGCGUCUGCUCCUACUACCACGGCCACUUCUCCAGCCACAGUCCCCGCUGUUGCGGCUCCGGUCACGGCCCCUUCGACACCGGAUACUGUCCGGAUGACCCUUCCUUCCAAACCGGCCGCUGUUCCAGCUACGGCUCCUGCGAAUGUGCCGACACUUCAAGUGACGGUUCCCACCUCUGAAGCAACUAUUCCUGAUACAACCUCUUCUACCAUACCGACUGCCUCAGCGCCAGUUUCUUUGACUGGAGCAUCUGUUCCAAUCAACGGGACUUCGACUAUGCCGACUGCUCAAGGACCAACCCCGUCGACCGUCCUGACUUUUAAAGUAACGGUUCCUUCGACUACAGCAACAGUCCCGGCAGCGUCUCCUAUGACUGUCCAGACUCCUUCGGCUUUUCUCCCUCUGUAUGACAACGCGAUCACGGAUGCGCUCCGUUCAACUCCGGCUCCUGUCGCGGGCACCGGUUCUGCCCCCAUGAUGGCCGGGUCUGCGACCCGGGCUGCGGCACUAAACCAUGUUGCUCAUAUGAGACUUCCCCCUCGCAACGGCGACAACGAGUUUGCCGAGUUCAUCAACCAACUCGCUGGGCCCCCCACAUUGUUCUCCAAUCCGUCAACAGUUUCCGCAGCCCAGCCUACGCCCGCUAAUACCGUGCCGACGCCCACUCUUGCGGAUGCUACAGGCGCGGAUGUCCUCAUAAGUUAUGCAAGCAGCCGCGAGUCAGAGGAGCCUUUGGGGUCGGAUGGGGGGCAGCUUUGGGCUACGGCUACUCCCACGCCUACUCAGCAUCCUUCUGCGAUGUUGGAUCAUCGUCGGACUCAUCAACUUCAGCAGCAGGGUGAGAGCAACUAG